AUGGUGCGACUCAUCAAUAGUGGACAUCUCGCAUCGCUACGCCUUUUUCGUCGACGAACACUCUUUGCGAACACGCAGAAAGAUAUAAUGGUUGGGUUUGCAACAUCCUCCCUGCUUUUUAGCGAUACGAUACGCGAUAGGGUUCGUAUUGUUGGAACUGAUCCUAAGGACCUUCCUUGUGCUGCCGAAUUUGCAGACGAUAACAGUUGUUAUUCGGCUGUAAUGCACUUGCCUCGAUUGGAGAAGGAAGUGACGACAGCAACACCAUCACACACAUUAAGUGAUUUGUAUCAAUAUAAGAAUAAUACAAUGAUACAAGAGGAUACAUAA